AUGGGGAAGCAAACUAAAGCCAAGAAAUCAGAGACUUUGGGGAAGGGAAAGGUCACCCCAGUCCAAAUCGCGUUCAUCGUGGAUCGGUAUCUCUGCGAUAACAACUAUUCGGAGACUCGCUCUGUUUUCAGAAACGAAGCUUCAUCUCUCAUCGCCAAAUCACCCAUUCGAGAGGCGCCGAAGAGCUUGCUGAGCUUGGCUGAGAUUCUGAACGAGUACAUAUGCUUGAAGGAGCAGAAGGUGAUUUUGGAUCAGGAGAAGGUCCGGGUGGAGCAAGAGAAGACCCGGGUCCAAACUCUGUUGAAGGGUAUGCAAGGCGUCAUGAACACUUACAAUGCCAGCGGAAACCCAGCCACUAUCUCCACAGGUCCAGCCGCAGCUCCCAAACCGAUGCUUAUGGCUCCUCACGUGAACCCAUCCAAUGGGUCUCCAGCAGGUUUUCCAAUGUACCAAACACCAGUUGCUCAUCAUGUGUCCACACCUUCCAACACCAACGUGGGGCCUGGAAAUUUCUGCUCACCAAUUACAAUUGACCCACCUGCAACUAAGAGAAAGUGUUAUAGAGUUUCAGUGGAUGCCCCAAGUGCUUCUAAGAGAUCUUGCAGCAGAUUACCUACUGGCAAGGUUCCAAACAAAGAUGCAGAAACAGUUUCAGUAUCAGCUAAUGCACUCAAUAAUCAAGAAUCUGCCCAGUCAUCUUCAACUGUUCAAUCAUUGCUGCCAAAUUUGGUUCCGAAUGGGUCCUUAGCUCAUGGUUCCACUGUGGCUAAAUGCUUGUUCAACCAACCGUCUCCCUCCGUUCCGAACACUUCUUCUGGUCCUCGGACUCCUCCACGAGCAAUUUCAUCUCAAAUCGAUAAAGUGACUCUGAGCCCAAACAAAGCUUGCUAUACUGUGGAAACGAACCAUUGCAUUUCUUCAUCACCUGCCAAGACAAGUAAGAGAGACCAUGUAAAAGGAAGGCUCAAUUUUGACUGUUCUGAUGUGCCAAUGAGCUUGGACCAACCAAUUUCUGAUGAUAUUUCAACAUCUGAGUCUGAAAAGGAAGUUGACCUUUUUGACAUUGAUUUGCCUAACUUCGAUGCCAUUGGGGUGGAUUUCUCCUUCACUGAAAUGUUAGGUGAAUUUGAUCUUCAUUGUGAAGAACUUGGUUAUGCUAGUCAACCAAAUGUUGGUGCUUCCAUGGGGACUGUUUCAGGGUCAUCAUAUGAUAAUGAAACUGCGGAUGGUAAUGUGGGGGCUAAUCAAGUUAUGUCAGAAUUCUCAUCAACUGUGACAGAAGUACUAUCAGAGAAGGGGAUGAAUGAGCAAGGUUCUGAUUCUCUGACCGCAGUGAAGUCUGUAACAAAAUGUAUUAGAAUUAUAAGCCCUGUGAAAAACCGCGGAAGCUCUCAGGUUUAG